UAUAAACGAAGCGCGCUUGGUAACAAACCGGGCGACAGAAACGACUGCUGAUUAUUAAACAACACUGAAUGAAACUGAGUUUUAAGAAAGCACUUACUUUACACAGUUAUUAUACUUCGUAGCACGUGUUCCUGCACACCACAGAAACGAAGGGAAUUGUGGCACACCGCAAUUUUUUAAGUGUUGCAGGAGGUUCGCGCCAGCAUGUCUGUGUCUGUGAUCAUUAAAUGGGGAGGGCAGGAGUACUCCAUCAGGACACUCUCCGAAGAGGACACUGUGCUGGACCUCAAGCAGUCCAUCAAGUCCCUGACAGGGGUUCUCCCAGAGAGGCAGAAACUCCUAGGAUUAAAGGUCAAAGGCAAACCAGCAGAGGACCAAGUGAAGCUUGGUUCACUAAAGCUGAAACCCAAUACCAAGAUCAUGAUGAUGGGCAGCAGGGAGGAGAGUCUGGAAGACGUUUUAGCACCUCCCCCAGAGAAUGAUGACGUUGUCAAUGACUUUGACAUUGAAGAAGAGGUGAUUGAAGUACAGAACAGAGAGGAGAACUUGGCCAAGAUAGCCCGCCGUGUGAAAGACUACAAAGUGGAGGGGAUGAACCCACCCAGGGUAGGAAAGAGUCUGUUGGUACUAGAUGUGGACUACACGUUGUUUGAUCACAAGUCAUGUGCCGAGACGGGACAGGAGCUCAUGAGGCCUUUUCUCCAUGAGUUCCUGACCUCGGCGUAUGAGGACUAUGACAUUGUCAUCUGGUCUGCCACGAGUAUGAAGUGGAUUGAUGCUAAAAUGAAAGAGCUGGGAGUGACAGACAACCCUAACUACAAGAUCACCUUCAUGCUGGACAGUGCAGCCAUGAUCACCGUGCACACGCCUAAGAGGGGUGUAGUGGAGGUCAAGCCUCUUGGGGUGAUAUGGGGAAAGUACAGUGAGUUCUACAGCAAGAGGAACACUAUCAUGUUUGACGACAUUGGCAGAAAUUUCCUAAUGAACCCACAGAACGGACUGAAGAUUCGUCCAUUCAUGAAAGCGCACUUAAACCGUGAGAAAGACAAAGAGCUCUUCAAACUCUCUCAGUAUCUUAAAGAGAUUGCCAAACUGGAGGACUUCUCAGGUCUCAACCAUAAGCACUGGGAGAGGUAUCGUGCAAAGAAACAAAGCCAGUGAGAGCAAUGUUGUGGAUGUUUGAAGGGAUGGUCAUUCCUCAACCAGGAACAGUGCUGGACACUCAAGCCCUCACAAAACAACUACUGCCUGUUUCUGACUGGAAGCUGUUUCCUAUUGUUUGGCUUUUUUAAAACUUCUGUUCUUCCCUCAUCUAUGUCUUUCUCUGUUGACUUUAGUCUGGGAGACAGUAAAUACUAUACACCCAUCAGUACUCAGUUUACAUGCAAUGGUUUUUAUGUUAGGUUUCACCCAAUUGUUCUUUCAGAUUAGUGACUGUCAUCUGUAGCUAUGACACUUAACCUCAGAGUUAUACGAACAUGAGUUUGUUCUGUACUGAUAUUGUUCUGUAUUCUCUUUCUCUCCUCUUCCCCCUGCGGCUCUCUCCUCUUCCCCCUGCGGCUCUCUCCUCUCCCCCUGCGGCUCUCUCCUCUCUCCCUGGCUCUCUCCUGGCUCUCUCCUGGCUCUCUCCUCUCUCCCUGGCUCUCUCCUCUCUCCCCCUCUUCCCC